AUGAAGCGUCAACAAUCGUUGUUAUCGGAUAAACAGCCCAACUUCGUUGAACGUGAAAGAAAGAGUCCCACAGCAAAGAAAGAAGUAAGAUUUCAACUUUCAACAGCCGCUUCUAUUGACAAUACGAUGGAAACCAGCACAAAAGCACAAGAAUUUGAUGAAACGAAACAAGAAGAAAAUUUGAAAAGUGGACACCUCGAUACCAUGAACAGAAAACAGACAGCCAUUCAAUCUGAAACAACCGCUUCCACGUCGGAAAAGGAAGGAAGGUUUCACCUUCCAAGUAUGCCGUCGAUCGAUAAUACAUUACAAACAAUUAGAGAAACACUAGGGCUCGAUGAAGUGAAACGAGAUCAAAAUGCAAAAUCUGAAAACUCAAAUGCAACAGAAGAAAAGGCAGAAACCAUGGAAACCACGGAAACUUUGAACAAGCACUCAACAACAAAAAAAGAAUCGCAAUUUUAUUUACCAAGUAUGCCGCUAUUUCAUAAAACAUUAAAAACAAUCCGUGGUACAUUAUGGUUGGAUGGCACGAACCAAGAGGAGUCAGUUAAAGCACAAAAUUUAGAUUCCGAUGGUGUAACGUUGACCCCCACGCAAUCUGAAGGUUCGAACUCAACGCCGAAGAAAAAAGGACGAGCGCGCCUUCCAACGUUUCCAUUCAGUGAUACUACGAUGGAGAGUAUUAAAGAAUUACCUAGCCGUGCUAGAAUUAACCGACAACAAAGUUCAAAAUCUGAAAGUUCGGAUACGUCUAGUACAGCGGCGGUACCGAUAGAAUCGCCAAUCUCACCCUCAAUAGAAAAGAAGGAAUCUAUAUUCCGUCUGCUAACAGCGAAAUCUUUCGAUAAUACAAUGAAUUCACUGCGAGAAACAUUUGGAUUCGAGGCAACGAAGCGAGACGAAAAUAUUAAAAAUCCACAGUCCGAUUCUUCGGGUGCAAAUGACAUCAACAUUCAAUCAACAGCUGAAACUCCUACCACAAAGAAGGAAGGAGGAUUUCAUCUUCCAACAAUUCCAUUAUUUGAGAAUGCAAUUAUGAGCAUCAAAGGAACUUUUAAGUAUGAUGAAACAAAGCCAGAAACAGAUGAAAAACAUGAGCAAUCAUCAGCGCUUGGAGUAGAUCAGCUGCCCAUUGAACCUGAUAAAGCGAAUCUUGCAGGAAAAAAGUAA